CAUAGACGACAGACAGACAUCAAAGGGCCCCCACAUCAAAGUGCGUGUAAUUUGAAUCUGAGCUUACUUCCUUUCUUCUUCAUUCUCACACCUCUCUGCUAACAUUUGGGAUCAUCCUGAAUGCUUCUUUGGUUGUUUUUUUAUUGGAAAUUUUAUUCAAAGAAAUCAUUUUCGAUCUGGGUUUGUUUCAAUUAAAGCUGACAUUAUUUUUUUCCUUUUUGGGUGUUGAAUAAAAAACUGGCGAGACUACAAGCGAUCCUAAAAUACCACCACAAGCUACCAAGACCAAGAAGAAGCAUGUCUCCACCAGGAAACGGACCAAUGGUCCCAAUACUAGGCUUCCUUACAUGCGUCGCGUUUCUAUAUCUCUCAUUCGGAGAUUUGUGGUUCGAUUACAACAGGGAGGCGGAGCUAGGGUUCGUGAGCCGGAACGGGACACAGUUCGUGCUUGAUGGUAAGCCUCUGUAUAUGAAUGGGUGGAACUCGUACUGGUUCAUGGACCACGCCGUCAAUGAUCAUAGCAGGCACCGUGUCGGUGCAAUGCUCGAAGCUGGAUCCAAAAUGGGCCUCACUGUUUGCAGAACCUGGGCCUUCAAUGAUGGUGGUUACAACGCUCUCCAGAUCUCUCCUGGCAGAUUCGAUGAACGUGUCUUCAAGGCCUUAGAUCAUGUAAUAGCAGAGGCGAAAACACACGGUGUUAGGUUGCUUCUUAGCUUAGUGAAUAACCUACAAAACUAUGGAGGGAAGACUCAGUACGUUAACUGGGCAUGGCAAGAAGGUGUUGGCCUCAGCUCCUCCAAUGAUUCUUUCUUCUUUGACCCAUCUAUCCGCAGAUACUUCAAGAAUUAUCUCACCGUGCUGCUGACCCGCAAGAACUCGAUAACGGGGAUAGAGUACAGAAACGACCCUACAAUAUUUGCGUGGGAGUUGAUAAACGAGCCUCGGUGCUUGACUGAUAUCUCUGGGGAUACUCUCCAAGAUUGGAUUAACGAAAUGACAGCAUUUAUUAAAUCGAUUGACAAGAAGCAUCUGCUAACAGUAGGCUUGGAAGGUUUCUACGGCCCCAAGAGCCCAAAACGGCUGACGGUUAACCCGGAAAGGUGGGCCUCUGAGCUUGGUUCUGAUUUUGUUAGAAACUCUGAGUCCCCAAACAUCGAUUUUGCAUCGGUUCAUAUCUACCCUGAUCACUGGUUUCACGAUCAGGGGUUUGAAGAAAACCUAAAGUUUGCGGUGAAAUGGAUGCAAUCUCACAUGGAAGACGGGGACAAGGAACUGAAGAAGCCUGUUCUCUUCACGGAGUUCGGGCUCUCGAAUAUGAACAAGGACUACGAGCCGUCUCAGCGUGAUCGGUUCUAUAGAACAAUAUUUGAUGUGAUAUACAAAUCAGCCAAGCGUAAGAGGUCUGGGGCAGGGACAUUGGUGUGGCAGUUUUUGAUACAAGGCAUGGAAGGGUUCAACGAUGAGUUUGGGAUAGUGCCGUGGGAGAAAGAUUCGAUACAGAGACUAAUGAUGGAGCAGUCUUGCAGAUUGGGUCGGGUGACAGGACGCCUUCUUCAGGACAAGAAGUCGACAGAGGUAUGUUCCAACAAACCAUGAUCAUGAUCAUGAGAGAAGUACACUUAACUAUACAGAUUAUAAUUUACUUGGGGUUUCAAGACGAUAUCAGUUACAAAUUUGUAAUAUUUAUCCUCGAACGUUUUAUUUAUUCUAACUUCAGCCCCGAACAUUUUAAGGUAUUCAUUAAAAGCCUUAACAUUUUGAAGUA